GGCUCGCAUGCGCAUCUUGCGCCGCUGCAACAUCUUCCUGACCGACUCGGCCUCCAACUUCCGCAUCCCCCAGCUGCAGCAGCACUACGACCUCGUGGCCGCGCGCCCCACCGACGAGCGCACCCUGCAGCAGGCCUGCCAGAGCCUCGACGUGGACAUCAUCUCGCUCGACCUGACCCGCCGCUUCGAGACCCACUUCAAGUUUCCUAUGCUAGGCACGGCCAUCUCGCGAGGAAUCAAGAUAGAAAUAUGCUACAGCCAGGGUAUCAUGUCAAAUGAUCCUGCGGCCAAGCGCAACCUGAUCGGCAAUGCGGUCCAACUGAUACGUGUGACCAGAGGACGGGGUCUGAUAUUCAGCUCCGAGGCAAAGACGGUCCUCGGCAUACGGGCGCCCAGCGAUGUCAUCAACCUGGCUUCCGUCUGGGGCCUCGGCACAGAAAAGGGCAAGGACGGCCUCACCAAGGAGCCAAGGAGCGUCGUCGAGUACGCCCGACUCAAGCGCCGGAGCUUCAAGGGCAUCGUCGACAUUGUCCACGCAGGCGACAAGCCGCCCGAGAAGCCAGUCGCAGAAGCCAAGCACAAGCACGCGCAAAAGGCAAAAGCAAAUACAAACCAGAAUGGCAAGCGCCCUGGAGACAGCCUCGACUCGACGCCCACACACGAGUCAAAAGCUGAGAAGCCCAUCUCCAAGCGCCAGCAGGCAAAGAACAAAAAAGCCAAAGUGCACGAAGCCACCACGCAGGAAGCGUCCGCGUAGAAGAGCUAGUAGUUUGAGGCAGAAGAUACCC